UAAAAAGUUCACUAUCGAGGCAAGAGGUUUUCAUUGUACAGAGGGUGCAUCUGGUGUUAUUAGUUAUUUCUGACCUGAGCUGAAGAUAAGGAAGUUGUAGUUUUGCCUGUAGUUCAUAGUGGUAGGCUUUACUUUUCAAACUUCCAUUGGAUCACACAUACACACAGACGACCCCCCAGCACACACACAAACACACCCACACACACACACACACUUGCCCCACACAUAAAAGGACCACCCAUAAACGCAGCAGCAGAGGUAGGUGGUUUACCCCCUGCGUGAAGCCAGCAGCCCCUCUGGAGGAGUGCAGGGGAGGAGGCUGCCUCCCCAGCCUGCUGACACUGAUUCCAUGGGGGCUGGGAAUGUGAGAGGAGCUCCCCAAAGGAAGCUCAUUAUAAGCAGUGCUGUCUCCAGGGCUCGACUGUAAACUUUGGAGAGGUCAGCCCCCCCCCAGGCUGUUACACUGUACUGUAAACAAGCUGAAAGGGUAAGCCUGUUUUCACCUGAUACUCUCUUAUCUCAUUAGGGACAAAGGACAGAGAGUUAAGCAACUGACUACAGCCAUCAUAAAGCACAAGAGUUAGAGACGGACCUCUCCCACCUGAUGUGGAACACGACAAACAAGUCACCGGAACUUUUUACUUUUUUAUUAUAGUGAUUGUUUUAUUUUAAAUGAUCUUCCGUAGGUUCAUUCGGUUAUGUGUGUGAUGAUUUCACAUGACGGACUGUUUUUGUAACUUCCCCCAAAUGGUGAAGAUGGUGGAUUCAUCAUGGCAAGGCGUGUACACCUGUACUCUUCCUGUGACCUCACAGCUGAUCACCCCCAAAAGCUUCGGCCAAUGGCGAUGUUUACGAUCAGGAAAUCACAAGCUACAGUGAAACUUUGUUUCCACGGUGCAAGGCUUGCAUCAGACGGGCGCUGGAGGAAGACAGACAAACCCCUGAUCUCCCGGGCUCAUGAUCAACCAGCAGGGGUCACUGGUGAUGCGAUGCUGUCAUCCUGGCCAGCUGAAACCCUCCUGUCCCUGAGGCACAGACCCCAGUAUCAGAGCAGCAUGCCUCUCUGCAGAGUGCCAGCCUCCUUCCACCCUCACUGCUGCUGUCCUGCAGGCACAGACCCCGGGAUCAGAGCAGCAUGCCUCGCUGCAGAGUGCCAGCCUCCUUCCACCCUCACUGCUGCUGUCCUGCAGGCACAGACCCCGGGAUCAGAGCAGCAUGCCUCGCUGCAGAGUGCCAGCCUCCUUCCACCCUCACUGCUGCGGGGUACGCUUCCUAAACGGGGGAGACGCGCUGUCCCUUUAAAGUGUCCGCUGUCGCUAAGUUUCUCCCAGGAGAUAGCGGUUCCCAUGUGCGGAGUGGUGGAGGUAGAUCUCAGGCGUGAUGGAGUGCUGUCUGAUUUUGAAUCAGAGGGACGCACUCAGAGAACAGGGAGCCGCCAGCUUGUUUCAAUUGAGCCUAUUUGUUCAUUUGAUGUUGGUUUGAGUUUUUUUAACAGCUCAAAAGUGUCUCCCCCUCCUUCAAACUCUCUAUCCCAGAGGUUUCCUCUGAAAAUUGCUGUGGUGCAUUGCUGUGGACUGCCAUUUUGUCAUAGGCAAUACUGAUGACCUGAUGGAAAGUUCUGAAAGUUCUCUGAACAAAGAGAAGCUGCUGUUGGUGGAACAAAGAAACUUCCUGAUUGUGGGUCGAGAGACAGGUGGUGGUGGGAAAUGAGCUAUUAUUCUUUUUUUAUUGGGUGUUAACUUUGCUUUUUCAAGUGUAUCAUGCUAAGCUGUUUACUUUCUGUUGAGUGUCUGUAUACGUGGUUGGCAAUAUCUUUGUAAAGGUUCAAAUGCAAUGACCUUUGUUCCCUAUAAAAAUGAUGCAAUUUAA